UGCCCGACGGCGUCGGCGCCAGUGCCGCGCAAAAGCCACCGGGAAGGUCACCGCCGCAGCAGCCAGAAGCGAGCCGGCUCCAGGACCGCGCCUGCAGAGAACCACGUAAGAACAGCCGGCGGGCCGUGCCGGACGCUCCUCCUGCAGCUCCGUCCCGCACACCGGCAGCCCCGCUACGGCUGCGGGACAGCGCGCGGGGCGGGGGAACGCCCUGCCAGCCCGCGGCACAGCACGACGGAGCCUUGGGGGAGGCGCUUCGGGCCUCGGAAGGCAGCUCGCAAUACGGCAGCCCUUCUCCUUCUCCUGCCCAGCUGAGCUCCACCAGGAGAGCCCAGCAGACUGGACAUCAUGUGUGCCACGGAGUUCCUAGAGGAUUUUGUGGAGCUGCUGGCACAGCCGCUGCGCACGCUGCCUGCCGUCGGCCCGCCAGCUGUGCUGGCCUACAGACCUGAGGUGCUGCGGGGCCACCUGCGGGCCGAGGCAGAGGAGGACUGUGCUCCCAAGUGUGAGUACUGCGGAAGCCUGCUGAGGCCGUUCCCUUCCUUCGAAGACAUUUGCCCUCCACCACAGAAGUUCUGCUGCAAACGCAAUCAAGACCUCUACGAGUUCAUUGUAAAUGAGAGGAAGAAACAUGAAAGUGCUUGGAACGGCCCUAUUUCUAUAGACUCUCACAAGCCCCAUGGCAGUGAAGCUGAAAGACACCUGGCAAAGGAGAGAGCGUACCAGAGGCAGCAGGAAAGACAACUGGCCAGACAGUUAGCCUUCCUGGCAGCUGAGCCGAGAACUGCAGCUGAAUGUCCAGCACACCUUGGCACCAUUUCCUACCUGCUUUCUCAGGAGCCACCAUCUCUGACGGGCUGGACGCUGAUGCCUGAAGAGAGAGCAGCAGAGCUCGAGGAGGAGCCCAUCUCCUACAGCAUCACCUGCUGCGACUUCACUGUUAUGGGUGCAAGGGUAGCGAAGAAUGAAUUGUUGGAGAAAUACUACAAUCACGGAGGGAAGUUUCUUACCAUGCUCCCAGAUGGAACAGCACAGUUAUUCUAUCCAUCUGGAAACCUGGCAGUCAUCGUUGUACGAGAGAAAAAGCGGUUUGUUUGCAUAGUGCAGGAAGACAAGGAAAGUAACACUGAGAUACAGGCAGUAUUUGCAUCCAACGGCAGGAGCACCUGCUACCACCCGCACGGCACUGUGUGGAUAACGAUGAAUGCUAAAGGAGGGCAGUGCCUGGACCGGGCAGGCAACAGGGUGAGGAGGUGGACGUGGCCAAGCAGCACAGCAUCAUCAGGACCUUGUGCCCCACUGAGCCCCAUCUUCCUCUCCCUGAACCUGCACGUGGGGGUCAGGAUCAUGGGCCAGGAUAAGAUCACAGUUUCCUUCCUUGCCAUGGGACAACAAGCAAAAUUCAACGUGGGAACAAAAGUGCAGGUCAGCCAGGCUGGCGAGCUGCAUGCCCUCCCCAAGCUGAAUGAGGAUGAGCUCCUGCUGCUAGCCUUGCGGGUGAGGAUCCUGCGGCUCAUCGAUAAGCUGCGCAGCUGCCUGAACUUCCCUUCCAAUGAGCAAUGGGACAAAAUGAAGCCACCAGUGUACCUUGUCACACAGACUUUAAAGAUCUUGUACCUUUGCACAACUUCUGACAUAAGCGAAGAGCUGUGCAGCUCAGUCAGGGCAAUAGUAAAUGCUCCAGUCUGAGCAGCAUGUGUGGUGUGAAGCAAAGUGAGUUGAGCCGGCCAAGACAGAGAAUUCUGAUGCCACAGUGUUGGCAGGCACUGAUCCCGGUGCCCCACAGCCCUGCCUGCUGUUGGCCAAGGGCACUGCAGUCCAGGGGCCAUCCUGCUGAUGGAACAGCUCAGGGUGGGGUGCAGCCAGCAAUGGGUCACGUUGUGUCAGCUUGUGGUGAGGAGCGCCUUAGCUGGGAGG